AUGACAUCCAAAGGGCUUGACGCUCUCUUGAAGUUCCUUUUGACAAGCGACAAACUUCAACAAGUUCGUAACCAAGCACGAGGGCGACGUUAUCGAAUGGCACACGGCACCAAAGGUGGUUGA